AUGGGUAUCCCGGAGGAAUUUGUCUCCUGGACGGAGGGACUGCACAGGGAGACAGGCACACGGGUUCAUGUGAAUGGCUGGACUGGUGGUACGGUUGCGGUUAAAAAAGGGGUGCGGCAAGGGUGUCCUUUGGCCCCAUACCUCUUUCUCUGCGCGGUGGAGCCGCUGUGUCAGGAGCUGACGAAGUGCAAGUUGGGAAUCGGCCGGAGAGACGUCGGCAAACUGGCUUACCUGGGGUAUGCAGACGACACGUCGCUGCUUCUGCGGGGUGCGGAGCAGGUGUCGGUAGCGGCAGGAUUCCUGGACGAGUUCGGCGAGAAAUCGGGCUUACAAGUAAACCGAGACAAGACGGUGCUGUUUCCCUUGGGGAAGAACAGAGGAAAGCCGCCGCCGCCGGACCUGCAAUAUAAGUGGGCUGAUAAAGGGGAGCCGGAGCGUCUCUUAGGCAUAUGGAUAACACCGAACGGAGACCCGCUGCCGUCCUGGGAGAAAGCAUUGGACAGGGCAAAGAAGGAGUUAGCAAAAUGGGAAGUGCAGCAUUUGACAACAUCCGCGAGGGUCACGAUUGUGAAUGGUUACAUCACACCGAUUUUCUUGUUCCAGGCGUAUAUCUACCCGCCUCCGGAGGAGAUUUGGACAAAAAUCCAGAGGAUCUGCCACAGAUUUGUGUCAGGGGGGCAAGCAACGGACGAGAAAGUCUUCAUACUUUGGAAUUACGAGCUGAUGUGCACACCCAGGGAAGAGGGGGGACUGGGACUGAUUUGCCCCAAAAAGAGGUUCGACAGCGUGGCGAUCCAGAACAUCGGGCGGAUGAUGCUGCAGGACAACCCGGUCAAGAAGUGGUUGACCGAAUGCGCAGCCGCGAUGCCUCAAGGCGAGGACACGAUUUUCGCACACAAGUCCCUGAUCAAGCACUGGAAGGAUGGGAGCAGACUGUGGAAGGAAAUGCUGCAGGUUUUCUGGGACUCACCUUUCUGCGUCUCCCCUGAGCCGACAAACCGUUGGGAAGCGGAACGGGAGCGCCUUGCGUUCAAUCGGCGAAUACCUUUCCGAGGAGCAAGCCCUUUCGGGAAUCAGAAGGGCUCAGCCUGCCUCCUUGGGCUAACGAUGGGAGACCUGGUGCAGCGGCUGGGGAGCGGCGAGCGGAUCCUUAAGACUGAGGAGGCACUGAUGAGGGAGCUUGGCAAUAAAGACGCGGCGAAGCUGGCGUUGAAGGCCUUCGCAGCAGCGCCGGCUGAGUGGAGGAAUCUAAUUCUGGAAAAGCUGACGAGUGAGGAGGUGGUCGAGAAGGUCUCGCUGUUGCGCUCCCAAGGCAGGGCACCUGCAAAGCACACGAUGUGGAAGUUUCGGACUGCAGCGCAGGGAGCCGCUGGCGGUCCAGGGCUCCAGGGUGCUGGGGCCGAUGGGCGAGGCGAGGACGCGGCUACUUCAGUCAAAGCUCUGUGUGGAAGGGGAGCUGCUGCCACUGAAAGGAAUCAAGAGAACCCUGACUAG